CACCCCAGCCGGCAGCCAGGGCGGCAGCUUGCCCCAUUACGCCAUGGCCUUCUCUUCACCGGCGCCCUUCUCCCCGCCUUCUGGAACCUUCCGACCCCAUCCCGCCGGGAGGCUCCGGGCCGCCGCGCCCGGGAGGGUCGUGGCGUGCUCGCCGCCCCCGCCCGACGUCGUGGUGACGCGCGAGAGGGGGAAGAACGCCAAGCUCAUCGCUGCGCUGGAAAAACACAAUAUACACUCUCUGGAACUUCCUCUUAUUAAGCAUGUUGAAGGCCCUGAUACAGAUAGGCUUUCAGAUAUCUUACGUGAUGACAAGUUUGACUGGAUUAUUAUAACCUCUCCUGAGGCAGCUGCGGUGUUCCUUCAGGGAUGGAAGGCUGCUGGAAGUCCUAAGGUUCGAGUAGCAGUUGUUGGAGCAGGAACUGCUAGGGUUUUUGAUGAAGUAUCACAGUCUGAUGAUCGAUCUCUUGAGGUUGCAUUUUCACCUUCCAAAGCUAUGGGUAAAGUCUUGGCUUCAGAACUUCCAAAGAGCAGCGAGAAUACAUGUAAAGUGCUCUAUCCUGCAUCUGCAAAGGCUGGGCAUGAAAUUCAAGAUGGGUUAUCAGAACGAGGAUUUGACGUGAUGCGAUUGAAUACAUAUACAACUGUCCCUGUAGAAGAUGUCGAACCACUAACAUUAAAUCUUGCUAUAUCAGCUCCAGUUGUUGCAGUAGCUUCUCCUUCUGCACUGAGGGCUUGGUUAAAGCUGAUUUCGAAAGUCGAUAAUUGGAAUAACUCCAUUGCUUGCAUCGGUGAGACCACUGGCUCUGCAGCGAAGAAAUUGGGCCUGAAGAGUAUAUAUUAUCCAACAACCCCCGGACUUGAAGGGUGGGUUGAAAGCAUUCUUGAAGCACUCAGAGUCCACGGGCAGUUAAAAGAGGCCCCAAAAUGUUGAACACGGGCAGCCCCUUGUGCCGGAUGAAGUUGGUGGCCGGCUGUAGACUCAGGAAUUCUUUGUUUCUUUGACCUUGUCUGUUGUUUUGUCAGCGUGACCUGAGUGGUGUGGUGUCGCACUCAGCAUGUCAACGAGUGCUGAAUCACGGUUCCGUGGUGGGCCGUGUUGUGGUUGUAACAUGGUUGUACAGGUGCAGAUCGGAAUUCGUAAAUAUCACCCGGCCACUCGGGUGAUUAUGUUAUGUGUUUUCAUUGUUUUAGGUUGCGCUCGCCA